UGCGCAAUCAUUUUAAAAUAUCCUGGACCAUUCGUCCAGCAAUUUAUUUAGGUCGAACGGUGAAAUAAUAAGAAAGAUGAAAUGGACAUUUGUCUUGGAGCAAGACGUUUGGUGGAUUAAUUAAUCUAUCAAAGACAAUGUGUUGUUGAAGUGGUCAAUUUACUUUUUAUUGGCAUCUCAGUUAGAAAUCCAGAUACAUUGUAGUUUUUCUUAAAGUAUACUUACAAUGGUACUGAUAUGUGGAGAUUCUGCGUAUUUCGAAAAAGCAAUUUGAAACAUUUUGUCAUCUGAGAUACUGAAUGAAUGAAAGGCGUUUGAAAAUUUUACCAAACAUGGAACGAAAACAGACUGCUCCGGCGUUCUCUAUUGAAAAUAUUCUUCAUAAAGAAAAGGGCAACGAAUUAACCGGAAAUUUAUGUCAUAAAUAUGGACAAGAAUUAUCAAGUUUCCGUUCACGUGGUGGUACGUUUUCCAAGGGGAAUGAAAAGGAGUCCGAAUUUUGUGAUGAACGUUCUGAAGAUGAAAUUGAUAUUGAAGGAUCCGAUUCGGAAUCUGUGACGUCACGUGGUUCAAUUUCUUCGUCACCGACAGCGGAAAUAUUAAAUUUAUCGAUUCGGGGGAACAAGAUGGAUACAUCGUACAAAAUAGAAAACUUCAUGUCAGACAACGGGCAUCUUACGGACACAUUAGGAAACCCAAAAGGAGUGUGUCCUUUUAUGGAGAAGAAACCAGACAGAAUUCUCCAGGGACAAAAACCGAGGAAGAAACGCUCCCGAGCUGCUUUUUCGCAUGCACAGGUAUUCGAACUGGAGCGACGAUUCCAACACCAGCGCUAUUUAUCCGGACCGGAAAGGGCUGAUUUAGCGCAUGCGCUAAAGCUGACUGAAACACAAAUAAAAAUAUGGUUUCAGAACAGACGAUACAAGACAAAACGUCGCCAAAUACAACAGGAGCAGAGUCUUGCCGGUUCGGCAAAGAAAGCCGCAGUGACAUUACUAGUCAAGGACGGAAAAAGAAUCUAUAAUCCAGGGGAGAUUACUCGGCCCAUACUCAUACCAUCCGUCCCAAUAUCUGGUUUUUAUCAGUACUGUUAUUUCUAAUAAAUAUUUAUUAAUUUA